GACACAUCUCCCAGUGGCAGAACAGACACACCACAGAUACACUCUCAGAUACACGCUGACUUCAACACACCAGAAUCAGAUGUUCUGAUCUGGUUUUAUUGAUUGAAAAAACAAUUUUGAACUCUGGAUAUACGUUUCCUUGACUGCUUGUCUCAGGAGGGGUUAUGGAUCCAAUUGUGGAAGUGGUGGCUUUGGUGCUGGGGUUCCUUGGUUGGGUGAUGGUGGGGAUCACCCUGCCGAACCGUUACUGGAGGACCUCCACCGUCGACGGUAACGUCAUCACUACUUCCACCAUCUAUGAAAACUUGUGGAUGUCAUGUGCGACGGAUUCAACCGGGGUGCACAACUGCAGGGAGUUCCCUUCGCUCCUCGCUUUGAGUGGCUACAUUCAAGCGUCUCGUGCCUUGAUGAUCACGUCGAUAGUGUGUGGCACAUUUGGACUGGUGGCGGCCCUGAUAGGAGUGCAGUGUUCAAAGGCUGGAGGCGAUAACUAUGUUCUCAAAGGGAGGAUUGCCGGCGCUGCUGGAGUCCUGUUUAUACUUCAAGGUCUGUGCACAAUGGUUGCAGUGUCUUGGUACGCCUUCAACAUCACUAGGGAAUUCUUUGAUCCGUUUCAUCCCGGGACAAAGUAUGAAAUAGGAGAAGCACUUUACAUCGGCUGGUGCUCGGCUGUGCUCGCCAUCGCCGGAGGAGCCUGUCUCACCUGCUCCUGCAAAAUGGCCACAGAGGAAAAAUUCCCGUUGCCCUAUCAAACCAGGGGAACUGUAUAUUCUGGAGCUGCACCGACCAGAAGCGGGGCUGCUACCAGUACUUACGGCAGAAAUGCUUACGUAUGAACAGGAUAUGAAAAUGGAACUUUGUCUCUAAAAACGUUUUGAAAUGCCCUGGUGUUCAAAUUUUGGACUUCAGAUGGAGCUUUUGUCCAUAACUUUGUUAAAAAAAUAAAAGUCCAUCCUGCCACUGUUCUGUAUAUAUUUACAAUACAAUGUGUGUAUUCUGUAUGAAUGAUAGCAUUGAAAUUAUAGCAUUAAAGUUGUAAAAAGGUGAUCUACUAAUCACUGGCUCAGUGCAGAAAUGUACCAAAUACUUGCAAUGAUUGUAUUCAUGUUUUCCUAAAGAUGUUAGCAAAAUACAUUUACAUAAAUUCAUUUAUUUUCAAAGUAAUCCAAUCAUUUGAUGAUCUACACACGAAGACAGUUGUUUAAGCAAAGCUCAAAACUGGGAUAAUCCAGAUAUUUCUGCAUCGUGAUAAAGUUGGUUUUACAUGGAACCUUGGAUAUUCGACAAAUUUGAAAAAUCUGUAAUGCAGCUUGACCUCAUGACAUAUCCAUCUUAAAAUACU